CAAAUACACUGCCUUUCGCUAAUCAACAUCUUUGUUCAGCAUUCUUCAGUUCGAGUUACUCGACUUCUAAUUCUUCACUUCCUCUCCCUUUCAAACUGUUUAUCUUAAUUUCCACUACAAACACUCUCCUUUUGUUUUUCUUUCAGAUAUAUACAUUUUCUAUUUUGUUAAAUCAUCUUGUUCCCUCUUCAAAAAAAAAAAAAAAAAGGAGAGAAAAAGAAAAAGAAAGAAAAAAGGGAAGUACUCUUGUUCAAACGCAUCUCCACCGCAUUCAGUUCUAAGUUAGCGUCCAGAAAUAAAGCUCAAGCUAAAAGCUAAGGAAAUUUUCAAAGUUUCCUGUGAAAAUUGGGAACUUAAUUAGCCUCCAUCAUCUGGAUAUUAGGGAAACAAAUUCCCUAAAAGAGAUGCCAUUUGGAUUAGCUAACCUCAAACAUCUUUUGACGUUGGGCAAAUUUAUUGUGGGGAAGGAAAAUGGAUCCCUGAAAUUAUCUAAUUUGGAGAACUUUUCUCAACUUAAAGAGGAACUAUCUAUUCUAGAUUUGCAUAAUGUUUCAAAUGCUCAUGAUGCUAAGAAGGCCAGCCUGGACAAGAUUGAUGGUCUUGAUUGGUUGCUCUUGCAAUGGACCUCUGAAUUUGGCAAUUCUAGGAAUGAAGACAAAGAAAUGGAGCUGUGUGAGUGUAGAAGAAGCACUUUAUUACCAUCACUGGGGCAAUUACCAGCACUCAAAGAAUUGAUUGUGGAAGGCAUGGAUGCAAUAGAAACGGUGGGUUCUAAGUUUUAUGGGCAUGGCACUUUUCAAUCUCUUGAGAAGUUGGAGUUUUGUGACAUGUUAGCUUGGCAGGAAUGGACUUCAACAACAGAAGGUGGAGUGGGAUUCCCAUGUCUUUGUGAGCUUGUGAUUGAAAAUUGUCCUCCAUUGAUGGGAGAAUUACCGAGCCACUUGUCUUGUCUUACAAAUCUUGUGAUAAAAAGAUGCCCAGAGUUAAGAUGCCCAUCAUCUAUGAGUCUUCAAUCACUUCAAAAGCUGAAUAUUGAAGAUUGCAAUGUGGCCCUUUUGAAUAGCAUGGCUGAUCUCACCUCUCUUGCUAGCUUGGAAAUUAAGAGAAUUUCAGGACUUGUUUGCUUGGCUAGGAGUUUUAUUGAGUCCUUGAUAGCAGUUGAGAAGGUGGAGAUUAAAAAAUGCCUCGAGCUUACUUGUUUAUGGGAGGAAGGCGCCGAGAUAGAAAACCUUGCUCGUCUUGAGAAAAUGAACAUUGAGAGCUGUCCUCUGCUUGUUUCAUUGACGGGGAAAGAACAUGGCCUUCUUCCUUUCAAUCUUAAACAUCUCACACUUUCAAGUUGCAAGGCUUUAGAGUCAUUAACUGAUGCGAUGAUGAUGAAGGUAGAUGGAAGCAGUAGCAGCAACAACAUGUUGAGACUUGAUUCAUUACGCAUCUACAAUUGUGAGUCUCUCAAGUCUUUACCGACCACCAUGGUUAAACACUUGACAAUUAAUGGAUGUGUCAAUUUUGAGUCUUUACCAGAUGGAGUAUUAUUGCAAGAUGAUGGUGACAGCAACAGCAAUCUUGAAUAUUUGAGAAUAGAGGGACUUCCAUCUCUAAAUUCUGUUGGGAGUGGUCAUCUGCCAGCUUCUCUCAAGGAAUUUACUGUUGAAGAUUGCAAGAGGUUGGAAUCAUUUCCAGAGAGGAUGCUGGAACAUUGUACGGGACUUGAAUCCCUUCGAAUUUGCAAUUGUGAAGUAUUGAGAAGCUUAUCACUUGAAGGCCUCAGCAAUCUUCGUGAUUUGAACAUUAGAAGGUGUGCAGUUUUAGAAUUCUUCCCAGAAAUGGGCCUCUCCUUGCCCAAUCUUAGGUCUUUGACAAUUAUAGGUUGCCCAGGGUUGGAGCGCAUUCUAGAUGGGGGUUUUCCCCCAGACUUAACAGAUCUUUACUUAGACGGUGAGCAUCUGAAGCAGCCGGUAGUGGAAUGGGGCCUCCGCAAUCUUACCUCUGUUCAACGCCUUGGCAUUUAUAACACGUGUACUCUUCCGGAUAUUGUGCUUCCUUCCUCUUUAAGAUCUCUCUGGAUAGAAAAUGCAAAGAAUUUGAAAUCCAUACCCAGAGGGCUCCUCCAAAACCUCAACUCUCUUCAAUAUUUACAAAUUUCGGGGUGCCCAAAGCUACGGUCCUUGCCGAGGGAAGGCCUGCCUGCGUCGCUUGGAUCUCUCUGGAUCACUAGGUGUCCGCUUCUAAAACGACAACGCUUUGAGGAGAAAGGAGAAUAUUGGUCUCUCACCCGUACCAUCCCUUGCGUCCAAAUAGAUGAUGAUGAGCUAUAACCACCAAAGCCAAUUGUUACCUGAGUGAAAUCUGGAAUGAAGCUACAGACUUAUUAUUGAGGUAUAUUUCUUUUCUUUUUAAUAGCUUAAAUUAUAAUAUAUCUGCAUAUUGCUAAACUACUUCUCUUUUUAUUGAUAAAUUUGGAGAGCUUGAUCCCCUUCCCAACUCUUCAGCUUCAGCUAAAGUUAAGGUGACGGCUAUAUUAACGCAUCUUACAAAUUAAGCUACAGACUUAUU